AUGAACAAAUUAUAUCUGUUAUGUUUGCUUCUCACUGUUCGACAGAGCUACUCGCAGUACCUCUACUAUUACUAUCCGAUGGCUAAUACCCCCGUGUAUUAUUACUAUCCAACGGCUUCCUAUCUACAACCCACAGUCACAGUUGGUAAUGGUAAUCAACAAGAUCUGCUGCAACAGCAGCAGUACUACCAACAAGUGUACCCACAGCAACAGCAGUACAUCGUGGAUCAGCAUACCCAACAACAACAACAACAACAACAGCCUCAACAACAGCUGUUUCCUCAGCAACAACCUGCCCAGCAACAGGUGAACCCGGCUGAUCCACAGCAACAGCAGCUGUACUACAAUCCUGGUGCCAUCCAACAACCACUGCAACAGGCACAGACUCAGUAUACCCAGCUUGCAUUCAUUUCUUUCCAAUACAUACAGGGCAAGAUCAUUCACGUUUCUGGGGUGAUGAUGGAACACUCGAUCCGUCUCUACUUUGAGCUCGCUUUGGAUCAUAAAAGUAGUUAUCGAGAUCCAUUUCAUUGUAGGUUUGAUCCGAAAUAUAUCUUUGGCGUACAGCGUAUUCGAGAACAGCAAGGUGGAGAAAUAGGUAUUGUUCAGGUUUCUGGAAUAGUUUAG